AUGGCAAAAGCUUCAGAAGAAGGAUUGAGUUUGGUAACUUAGACUAAAGAGAUAGAUCAAUAUUCAACAGAUCCACAAGUUAUCCAAUAAAUUGAAAAGCAUUUUCAAGAUGUAAUAAGGGAUUUUAGUUCGGAUCCAGACUUAGAAUUAUUUAAGAUAAAAUAUGAAACUCUCUAUAAUUCACUCAAGGAAAGUUAUGAAAAUGAAGUGAGAUGGACGAAGAAAUGCAAAGAGCACAAUUCUGAAAUAAUGUAAUACUCUAGUCGAGUUCAAACGUAAUUGAAAUUGAUUAAUGAUGACAAUCAAUAAUCAGAAAGUUUUUAAAAAGAAUUAGAAGAGAAAUGGAGGAGAAUUGAAGAUCUAAAAAUUAAAGAGAAGGAACUUAAAGAGAGAAUAGUUUAAGCAAAAAUUGAAGUUGAAAAUUUAAAAAAAUAAUGCGAUAGAGUAGUUGAAGAUAUUGAAGAACAGAGUUAAAUACAAUUAAAUGAUAAGAAAAGAUUAAUUGAUGAAAUCAAGAAGAAUUUCUAGAGUGCUAAAUCAAAAUUUGAAUAUUUAGAAUAACAGAAUAAAAAUUUAAAACAUGAUCUAGACAAUGAAGAGAAAUAAUAUUCAGAUUAAAUUUAAAAGAUUAGCGAUUUGGAGGAUAAAAUUGCGAAAAUUGAUGCAGAUUCAAAAGAAUAAGAAAAGAGAAAGAAGAAAAAAGAAGUUAAAAUGGCUGAUAUCAAAUAAAACAUUGAUUUAGCAAAAAAGGAAAUUGAAGAGAAGCAAUCCAGGAUUCACGAUAUCAAAAAAUAAAUAGUUGUUACAAACAAUACUAUCUUAAUUAAAAUCAAAGAAAAAGAAAGCUAGCAUACAAAAUAAAAGGAAGCUGAAGAUAAUAAUGCAGCUGCCUUAAAGGAUAGAUAAAAUCAAGAGGAGCAAUUAAAAAGCUAUAAAGAAUAAAUAAAAAUAUAAUUGGAAUAAUUAGAAAAAUUACAAAUUGAAAUCUAAAAAGAAAAGAAGGAAGUGAAGAAGACCCAUAAAGAAUAGGAAAUCACAGCUAAAGAAAAAAAUAGAAUUAUAAAGGAAAAGGAAGAAUAACUAAUUGAAAAAGAUACUAAAGAAAUGUUAAUUGAAACUGAAAAGAUUGAAUUAUAGUAGAAGAAGGAUGUAUUGGAUAAAAUAAAUGAAAUGAAUAGUCAAAGAAUUAAAUCAAGAACUUAAUAACAAAAGACUUUAAAGAAACAAGAAGAUGUUCAACAUUAGACUGAUGAAGAGAUAGUGAAUAAAGUUAAUAAAUUAAAGAAAGUGGAAAAUUAAGUCAUGGGAUAUGAAGCUAGUAAUGAAAGGAUUAAUAAAAUGAUCUUAUAGUUAUAAAGAGAGUAAGAGAAGUAUGGUAUUGAGGCUUCAUAAGCACAUGCUAAGUUUUAUUAGACAGUGGAGGAAGUUAAAAUAAAAAAUAAUUAAAUAGCUGAGUAAUAGAAGUAAAUUGCUGAGGCUGAGGCUAGAUUGAAGCAUUAAUAAUAGUUGUAUGAAACUGUCAGAAGUGAUAGAAAUCUAUAUUCCAAAAAUUUAUUAGAGAGUCAUAAUGAAAUCUAAGAACUAACAAAGAAAUAUACUAGAAUGAAGCAUUAGGUUGAUUAAUUGAAAGAAGAAAUUAAAACAAAGGAUUAAUAGCUUGUAAAGGAGGAUCUUGAAUUUCAUAAAGUAGAAGAAGAAAAUGCUAAAAUUGAAUAAGAUAAGGCUAAAGUUGAAAAGAACAUUAAAGCUGAUGAAGAUUUAAUUAAAAAUUAAGAAAGUCAUAUUUCAAGAUUAAAAAAUAUUAUAUAAGGAGCUUAAACUGAAAAAUAAAGAUAGCAAAAGGAUUAUGAAAUGGUAGUGAAUGAAAGAGAUAUUUUAGGAACCUAAUUGAUUAAAAGGAAUUAAGAAUUGUAGGUUCUUUAUGAGAAGAUCAAAUUAAAUUAAUCAAGCUUAAGUAAGGGGGAAAUAAAUUUCAGAGAGAGAGAAAUUGAAUUGAAAAGCUUAAAGGAUGAAUUAACUAAUUUAAGAAAUGAAUUAAAAUCUACCUAAGAUCAAACUGCUUGCAUAGAUGAGUUGAGAAAGGAGAUUAAUAAUAUUGAAAAGGAAUUAUUAAACGAAAAGAACAAAGUAAAAGCCUUAUCAGAUGAAUUGGAAAAUCCAAUGAAUGUACACAGAUGGAGAAAGCUUGAAGCAACCGACUAAGAAAACUUUGAGAGAAUUCUAAAGAUUUAAACAUUGUAAAGAAGAUUGAUAGCUAAAACUGAAGAAGUAAAUGAAAAGGAAAAUUUAAUCAAAGAAAAGGAAAAAUUGUUUAUGGAACUGAAAAAUAUAUUGUCAAGAUAACCAGGUGUUGAAAUUCAUCAAUAACUUGCUCAAUAUAAGGAAUCUUUGAAAGAAAAUGCAGCUAAAAUGAAGACAACUCUAAGUUAAUUAAAGCAAAGUUAAGAUUAUGUUGACAUGCUGAAAUUCGAAAUUGACAGAAUGAAGGGAGACUUACAAGAGAUGAAAAAAACAUACUUUUAAAUGAGAAAAGCCAAGGAUAUCGACUUACUUUAAAAUGACUAAAACGGAGAGUAAGAAGCACCUCAAUAUAAUGGUGGUGCCAAUUAAAAUGACUUGCAAUAGUAUGCAUUAUUUGGAGUUAAUGCCAAUAGAAUUGGAAAUUGA